UAAAUAAUUUGAGAAGCAUACAUGAAUUACGUGGCAAUAUCAAUAUUUGUGUGGCCAUGAAAUCCUAUAGCUCUCCAUCAACACUCAACGCGCCUCCUCCCACCUCCCAUAACCACCAAUUAUGGCCACCGCGGCACCUAAAUUCACCACCACCGGAGUUUCCUCCGCCGCCCAAUUGCCCUUCCGCCGCCGCAGUCCACCAGCUCACCACCACUUUUCGGCAAAGCCAACGUCCAGGAUUCCUCUAACAUGCUCCCCUAGCAGAGUUAGUGUCAUCAAAUGCAAGGCCACCGAGGUCUCGCCGUCGCCAGUGGCGGCGGAGGACGGGAAGAACUGGGUGCCUGUGGUGCCGCUGGCGGCACUGCCCAAGGGGGAGCGGCGCGUGAUUAUACAAGACGGGGAGACUAUUUUGCUGCUGUGGUAUAAAAAUGACGUCUUUGCUAUCGAGAAUAGGUCCCCUGCUGAAGGUGCCUAUUCUGAAGGCUUGCUCAAUGCUAAGCUCACUCAGGAUGGAUGUAUAAUCUGCCCGACAACGGACAGUACGUUUAGUCUGGAAACCGGAGAGAUCAAAGAGUGGUAUCCCAAGAAUCCGGUUCUUCGAGCCCUCACUCCACCUCUGAGGGGGCUCUUCAUCUACCCCGUCAAAACUGAUGACAACAACAUCUACAUCAACAUGAGGGGCAGCACCCCGUCUGAUGCAUCAACGGAAAUCGUCUUCAGUGGAAAGGCCCAGCCAGGGUUCACAUCAGUGGAUGUCAACGUUGAUGAGGUGAGGAUGAUCGUGGAUGAAGAUUUCGAGGGCUUUGGAUUCACCGGGAAGAACGAGCUGAUCAACGGGAAAGCAGCCGUGAUUGGCUUCUUAUUGCUGCUAGAUUUCGAGCUUCUGACCGGUAAAGGCCUACUCAAGGGAACUGGUUUCUUGGACUUCAUCUACUCCGUUUCCAACGCUUUGCAGUGAUUCUUCCCACGCAAAACGCGGGUUGUAACGCAGAUGAAAUCCUCUAGUCCACAAUCUGUGUUCGACUGUAGUCGACUACGGAGGUAGAAAUUUUAAGUAAUGAGACUUCUGUUUCUGGUUUGCUUAAAAUUUCUAUUUGUGUGUGAGAUGCAUUGUAGAAUUUGGAUUGUUGAAUAGAGGAUUGAGGUUGAGAGUGAGGAGAAAUUACUGUUGGUAUAUAGAUGGCAUACUUCCUUUUAUUGUGCUGUUUUGUAUUGUACCUUGUAAAUCUCGAGACAUUUUUUAUUGCAAGUAUAUAUUGAUCCAUUCCAUACA